UGGAACUAUUUAGAGUAAAGGUCGCAGUAUUCUGAGGUCUUUAUAAGAACACGGAGUCAUUAAAGAGUGGCACAAGAAGAUUUCGGUCAUAGUUUGAUCCUGGCAGUCAGAGCUGGUUUAUUGACUCUGCAUCAUCAUGGCUCUUCUCAGAGGUGUAUUUGUUGUAGCUGCCAAGCGCACUCCGUUCGGUACCUAUGGUGGCGUGCUGAAGGAUCACAGUGCAACAGACUUGGCUGAGCAUGCAGCCAAAGCUGCCCUGGCUGCUGGGGGCGUGGCACCAGAACUUAUAAACAGUGUCAUCAUGGGAAACGUCAUGCAGAGCUCAGCUGAUGCACCCUACAUUGCUCGUCACGUGGGUCUGAGGUGUGGUGUUCCCAUCCCAGUGCCGGCUCUCACUGUGAACAGACUAUGUGGAUCUGGUUUCCAGUCCAUCAUCAAUGGCGCUCAAGAGAUUUGCCUCCGGGAGUCAGAGGUGGUCCUGUGCGGCGGCUCGGAGAGUAUGAGUCAGGCCCCGUACGCCGUUCGCAACAUUCGAUUUGGUACAAAGUUUGGACUCGAUCUCAAGCUAGAGGACACCUUGUGGGCGGGUCUGACUGACCUGCACGUCAAAAUCCCCAUGGGCAUCACAGCAGAAAACCUGGCAGAGAAAUACCAGAUCACACGAGAGGAAGUUGACAACUAUGCAUACCAGACACAACAAAGGUGGAAAGCAGCUCAUGAGGCUGGUCACUACACAGCAGAAAUUGCUCCCAUUGAUGUGAAAGCAAGGAAAGGCAAAGUGUCCAUGGCUCAGGAUGAGCACCCUCGUCCACAGACCACACUAGAACAGCUGGCCAAACUGGCUCCUGUCUUCAAGAAGGGAGGGACUGUUACUGCUGCCAACGCUUCGGGUGUAUCCGACGGUGCUGCUGCUGUGGUGAUUGCAAGUGAAGAUGCGCUGACUGAACAUAAGCUCACUCCACUGGCCAGAAUUGUGGCCUAUCAUGUGUCAGGCUGUGACCCGAGCAUUAUGGGAAUUGGUCCCGUUCCAGCAAUCACAGAAGCUCUUAAAAAAGCCGGUCUGACUCUCAACGACAUGGAUCUUGUGGAGGUGAACGAGGCUUUUGGUGCUCAGUACCUGGCUGUUGCUAAGGCUCUUGGACUGGAUCCAGCAAAAACCAAUGUCAACGGUGGAGCUAUUGCCAUCGGACAUCCUCUCGGUGCUUCUGGAGCACGUAUCACUGCCCACCUGGUUCAUGAGCUCAGGCGACGGGGAGGCAAGUACGCUGUUGGCUCUGCCUGCAUCGGUGGUGGUCAGGGCAUCGCCAUCAUCCUGGAAAAGUGUUGAGCGAAGAAGCUGCCAGUGUCAGAAGAAUUCCUGUAGAAGAAUGUCUCCCCGUCCACUCGCAUAAAAUAAAACACAGGUGACACAUGCUAAACAGAGAUUUAAAAAAAAAACUUUCAUCUACACAUAAAAUGGCAAAUGUUCUCUUAACAACACAAAGAAAACUCUUUCAUUUUGUUACAUAUUUCAGUUUAUUUAUACUCAAAUAUUUCAGUCCAAGGCCAAGAGUUAAUGCAUGUUUCUGUGCUUGUUGGACCAUGGUGCAAGAGACUGUUUGUGUUUAUGCCUGAGACACAGAAAUAUGUCCUUGGUCACGUUAACAUGUGUAGCAUAUUAACUCAUAAAGUACAGUUUCUGUUGAGUUACAGUAAGGUUUUAAAUGGACUCUGAACUCUGAUGUUUGCCUUAAAAUGUUUGCUCCAGCAAAAAAAAAUGAUUUUGUAUUUCUGUGUCAAAGAAUCUCAAUAAAUCAACUUUUCAAAAAAAUAA